AUGGGUGCAGUGGCGAUCGUUGCAGAACCUUUACAGCGGCUCGCGCAGUCGCUGGCGAUAUGGCAGCUCGUGCUGCUGGGCUCAGUCAGUUUCAUUGUUCUCGCCAUCACUCUCAAUGUCCUCAACCAAAUCCUCUUCAAGAACCCCAACGGACCACCUGUUGUCUUUCACCUCGUUCCCGGUCUCGGUAGUACAAUAUGGUAUGGCAUGGAUCCUUUUACUUUCUUCUUCGCCUGCAAGGAGAAAUAUGGCGAUGUCUUCACCUUUAUCCUGCUCGGUCGCAAGGUCACAGUGUGCUUGGGAACAGUAGGCAAUGAGUUUAUACUGAACGGAAAGCUAAAAGAUGUCAACGCGGAAGAGGUCUAUACAGGGCUCACCACACCUGUCUUUGGGUCAGACGUGGUUUACGAUUGUCCCAACUCCAAGUUGAUGGAACAGAAAAAGUUCGUUAAGUUUGGGCUGACUACCGACGCCUUCAGGCAGUAUGUCUCGCUCAUCCAAAGGGAAACUGAGCUUUUCAUCAAGAACAAAUUCAACCAGCCAGCAGGCACCAUGGAUAUAUCUCCAGCCAUGGCCGAGCUCACCAUUUAUACCGCUUCGCGAUCAUUACAAGGCAAGGAAGUGCGAGAGAAAUUUGAUCACACCUUCGCUGAACUCUAUCACCACCUCGAUAUGGGCUUUUCGCCAAUCAACUUUAUGUUACCGUGGGCACCCCUGCCUCACAAUCGAAAGCGAGAUUAUGCACAAAGGAGGAUGGCACAGACGUACAUGGAAAUCAUUCAAGAAAGACGUGCACGAGGAGACUUGAGCUCUAAGGAGGGCGAGCAAGAUAUGAUCAGGAACCUGAUGUCCUGUGUAUACAAGAACGGUACUCCAGUGCCAGAUCACGAAGUGGCUCACAUGAUGAUUGCUCUUUUAAUGGCUGGUCAACACUCAUCUUCUUCCACAAGUGCAUGGAUCCUGCUUCGACUGGCUACUCGCCCUGAUAUUCAAGAGGAACUGCUGGAGGAGCAACGCAGGGUUCUCGGAGAAGACCUGCCUCCUUUGACUUACGAAAGUCUAUCUCAAUUGCCAUUGCUGACCAAUGUGGUGAAGGAGACACUAAGAAUACAUGCACCGAUCCACAGCGUCAUGCGCAAAGUCAAGUCACCUUUGACAAUCACUGCUCAAACUCCAACGACAACCAAGUCUUACUCUAUCCCCACCUCACAUACCUUGAUGUCCGCACCAGGUGUGACCUCAAGACAAGAACAUCAUUUCCCCGAGCCAAUGACCUGGGAGCCUCAUCGAUGGGAAGAGGGCCACAGGCUACAGUACACUGGCCUCAGCGUCGAGGAAGAGUUUGAGGACUACGGCUAUGGUAUGAUCAGCAAGGGAGCCUCAUCUCCCUACCUGCCAUUCGGCGCAGGACGACAUCGAUGCAUUGGCGAGCAGUUUGCAUACGUUCAACUUCAGUCGGUGGUAGCCACCUUUGUCCGAUAUGUCAAGUUCGCCAAUCAGGAAGGCAGGAAAGAUAUUGUCGACACUGACUAUUCAUCCUUGUUUUCCAGGCCUCUAGCGCCAGCUGUAGUCAGGUAUGAAAGGCGAGAGCAGAAUUUCGCAGUGAUAUAG